AUGGAAUCUGGAGCAAUUACUGUGGCUGUCAAUCUAUUCAGAGAAACCUUUCCCAGUUUGGAUGAUGAUAUUUCUAACUACAUAGAAAGUAUUCUCAUUGAAAAUGCUGAGCAUUUUGACUCUGAGGGUGACGUACAUGACGCGAUCGGUGGGGUUUUGGAUGGGUUUCAUAGUCAAAAUAGCGAUCAAGAAAUAAAAGUUCUGUGCAGAAAAAUAUUUCAACUGAUGAGGCCUUCUGACGAAUUUACUGAAAGGCAAACAACUUUGGAUGCUCCAGUACAGAUGGCAAGUUUACUGGAUACAUUCAGUGAAAGAGUGGUUGACAAUUCUAGUAUUUGGAUGAUGAAAAAACAAAACAGUACUAUCGUCGAUUCUAAAAAAUUAGAGAAGGCUGAGGCUAAAAUAAAAGAAAAACAACAGAAGAAAGCUCUCAUUGGAAGGCCCGGCAAUGCAGGGAGAGCCAUCGAAGUCAAAGAAGAUGAACGUGCUACAGUUAGUCAACAGAUAGACCGACGAGAACUAUCUUCGUCACAUGUAGUUUCCCACGUGGGUGAUAUUCGGUUAGAAAAUUUUGACAUCGCUUACGGUAGCAGAGUUCUAUUACAAGGUGCUAACCUGUCUCUCACCUACGGUAAGAGGUAUGGUUUAGUGGGACGAAAUGGUUUCGGUAAAACAACUUUGCUUCGAUCGUUAGCUAAGGGAGAUUUGCACCUGCCACCUGGUGUUCGCGUGCUACAUGUAGAACAAGAAGUUGUCGGUGAUUCCACACCAGCUUUGGAAAGCGUUCUUCAAGCCGACGUAGAAAGACACACACUUCUUAUUGAAUUGUCUCGUCUUCAGGCAGAAAUGAAAAAGAAUUCCGGCUCAGAUUUAAGCUUAUCUAGUAGUACAAGUACAAUAGAAUCACGGGUUGCAGAGAUUUAUUCUCGCUUGAAUGCAAUCGAAGCGGAUAAGGCUCCAGCUCGAGCCGCAGUCGUUCUACACGGUCUUGGAUUUACUCCAGAAAUGCAGAGUAAACCAACAAAAGAAUUUUCCGGUGGAUGGCGUAUGCGUCUAGCCUUAGCACAAGCACUUUUUGCGAAACCAGACCUACUUUUGCUUGAUGAACCUACCAAUAUGCUUGAUAUGCGCGCAAUAAUUUGGUUAGAAGACUAUUUGCAGUCCUCUUCCAACAUCCUUUUGAUUGUCUCACAUGAUCGAAGUUUUUUGAAUACAGUUGCAACUGAUAUCAUUCAUUUGAAUUGUAAGCGUUUAGAUGCAUAUCGAGGCAAUUAUGAUACAUUUGAACAAGCUCGUGCUGAAAGAUUAUUGAAUCAACAAAGGGAAUAUGAGUCUUUGAAAGCUGAACGAGAACAUAUACAACAAUUUAUAGAUAAAUUUCGUUACAAUGCAAAACGUGCAUCUCUUGUACAAAGUAGAAUUAAGCAUUUAGAAAAAUUGCCACCAUUAAUACCUCCGGAAAAAGAAUUAAAAGUUGUAAUUCGUCUGCCAGAUUGUGAAAAACUUUCACCACCUCUUUUACAACUUGAUGAAGUAUGUUUUCAUUAUGUGCCAGAUAGACCAAUUUUGAAUCAUGUCAAUUUGAGUAUCUCGCCUGAUUCACGUAUCAGUAUUGUUGGUGAAAAUGGUGCCGGUAAAACGACAUUACUUCGACUUCUUCUAGGUGAGUUAGAACCAACGUCAGGAUUACGCCAUGCACAUCGUAGUUUACGUAUUGGCUACUUUAGCCAACAUCACGUUGAUCAGUUAGAUUUAAAAUUAAGUAGUUUGGAAUUUUUGAUGAGAAAAUUCCCAAACCAAACGGAACAAGUUUAUCGUUCUCAACUGGCAAAUUUUAAUAUAACAGAAAUGCUUGCUCUUCAACCAAUUGGUAGUUUAUCAGGAGGACAAAAAUCAAGAGUUGCAUUUGUUGCAAUGUGUAUGUCCAAUCCAAAUAUGCUUGUUCUUGAUGAACCAACAAAUCAUCUGGAUGUAGAAACAAUCGCAGGCUUAUCUGAUGCUUUAGUUAAUUUUCCCGGUGGAGUUGUACUUGUUUCACACGACGAACGCUUAAUUCAAGCCGUGUGUAAUGAAGUAUGGGUGUGUACACGCAUGGGCAUAAGUCCUGUAGACAGUGCUAAAGGAAGUCGUGUUUAUUCACUACCAGGUGGCUUGGAAGAAUACAAAAAAGCUGUUCGAGUUGAAUUGGUUCAAUCAAAAUUGUAA